CACUUCUCUUCACAAACUCUACCACUCUGAUUGCGUUUCUCUCUUCUUUCUAACUCGAAUUAAGAGAGUAAACAUGGAUUCUACCAAAAUUUCAGCUCUCCUCUUCAUUUGCAUGAUCUUUAUUUCUUCAGCCACCUCAAUUCUUGGAUGUCAUUCUUGUGGCAAACCAAAGAACAAACACCGUAAGCCUACUAAAGGUUCAGUUACACUCCCUCCUACUGUUAAGCCACCAGUCACUCUUCAUCCUAUUGUGAAACCACCUGUCACUCUCCCUCCACUGCCAGUUCCUCCGAUUGUUAAGCCACCAGUGACACUCCCUCCUCUGCCAAUUCCUCCAGUGCUGCCAGUUCCUCCUGUGACACUCCCUCCUCUGCCAAUUCCUCCAGUGCUGCCAGUUCCUCCUGUGACAGUUCCUCCAGUGAUUACAAAUCCACCAAAGGGAAAGCCAUGCCCACCGCCUCCUUCAUCCAAGGACACAUGCCCUAUCGAUACACUAAAACUUGGUGCUUGUGUGGAUCUUCUUGGUGGGUUAGUGCACGUUGGCCUUGGUGAUCCAGUUGUGAACCAGUGCUGCCCAGUUCUUAAAGGACUUGUUGAACUUGAAGCUGCAGUCUGCUUGUGCACCACUCUCAAAAUCAAAGCUCUUAACCUCAACAUCUACGUCCCGCUUGCUCUUCAGCUCCUUGUUACUUGUGGGAAGACACCGCCUCCUGGUUAUACUUGCUCUCUCUAGAUCCAAGCUAAACUAGCUAGCUGAUCAUCCAUGGAUGAAAGAUUCGACAUGAGAGGAUGUCGAGCCCUCUUCCUUUCUCUCUUGGUCAAUAUUGGACACCAUUUAUUUUUUUUCCUUCUUUAAGAUUAAUGCUUUAUGUAUGGUUUGUCUAUUAGACAAGAAGCUAUCAACUAUGUUUCUCUCUCAAUUUAAGAUCUUAUUGGGUUCUCAAUUUGUUAGAUAGCCA